ACUCUUUAUCUAGCGUCUUCCCGCGCGUCAGCCUUCCUGUUCUCCCUGCUCCGCCGAACUUGGCGUGUCAGUCUUUUCACUUUGAAAGGAUUCAAAUUCACCACCAUGUCUUCUGAAGAAGGAAAACUCUUCGUGGGAGGACUGAACUUUAACACUGAUGAGCAGGCACUUGAAGACCACUUCAGUAGCUUCGGGCCUAUUUCUGAAGUGGUUGUUGUCAAGGACAGGGAGACUCAACGAUCCCGAGGUUUUGGCUUCAUAACCUUCACCAACCCAGAACAUGCCUCAGAUGCCAUGAGAGCCAUGAAUGGAGAGUCUCUGGAUGGUCGCCAGAUCCGAGUGGACCAUGCAGGCAAGUCUGCCCGGGGCACCAGAGGAGGGGGCGCCUUUGGGGGCCAUGGGCGUGGUCGCAGCUACUCUAGAGGUGGCGGGGACCAGGGAUAUGGGAGUGGCAGAUAUGAUAGUCGGCCUGGAGGAUAUGGAUAUGGAUAUGGACGCUCCAGAGACUAUAGUGGCAGAAGCCAGGGUGGUUAUGACCGCUACUCAGGAGGAAAUUACAGAGACAAUUACGAUAACUGAGAUGAGACAUGCACACGUAUGUAGAUACACAAGGAAUAACACUUCUGAUCCAGGAUCGUCCUUCCAAAUUGCUGUAUUUAUAAAGAUUUUUGGAGCUGCGUUGAAACAUCUGUUUUAGUACAUCAAGUUAUAUUUUUUAAUUCAUUGAGCUCCCAAGGUAGCCUGUUGUUAAAUACCUUUCAGAAAGCUCCAUGCAUUUUUUUCCCAUUCAAAAACAAAUUAAAACAAAUUUUUAGAAUCCAGGUAUUUUUAUCUUUUUAUCAGGUUUUUUUUGUUAGAGCUCUCAGGAUUAUUCCUUCUGACCAAAAAGAUUGGCCAGACUGAUUUUUAAAACUAAUAAUCACAUGUAUUUGGGGACGUUUUUAAAACCUGUAUACAAUGUUUAUCAUGGCCAGGAAGUGAUUUCUAAAUGUAUCUAUCAGCAGUCUGCAUCAUCAAGGACAUAAUUAGCUUACAGAUUUUUUAAAUUCAAUAUCACCACCUUGAUUAUAUAGAAAAGCUCCUUAAAAAUGUUUGUGAAUGUCAUUUUAUAAUACUGGAAGAAAAAAGAUAUUCUGUUGUGUCUCAUGUAGUGUUUAGGAUGUCCUUCAUGGAGCUGAUUAAAAGAUGAAAUCUGAAUACAAAUUGA